AUGUUCUCCCAAGCCCUCCUGGAUGAGGUGAUAGAAACACUACUCCUCAUCAUAUUAGCCUCGGAUCCCCUGGCCGCAUCCAAGCCGAUCGUGCGGCGGUUGCUAGGGGCCUUCGUCCUCUUGGCCUUCUUCCUCCUUGCCGUCCUAACAAUCCCCACGGACCUGGUCCUCGACCCCAAGGCUACCACCCCUUACGACAUCCUCGGGGUCAAAACCACGUCAUCGGCCGGAACCAUCACGUCGGUCUACAACAACCUCGUACGCGAGACCAAAGAGAACGUCUUUAUCAGUACUCUCGCCACCCCCAAGCUUGAGACCUACCGGGUGGCGCAUGAGACCCUAACGAACCCGCUGCAGCGGUGUGUCUACCACCGGGACAACAAAGUCCCCGACUGGUACGGCGUCCCACAGCUCUGCUGGGGCGAGCUCGUCGUCGACAAACUACAUGCCGCCAAGACCGCUAUCCGCGGCCCGGUCGACGCGAAGGAGUCGAAGGGCUCGUCCGAUAGCGGCCAGGAGCCGGCACCGCAGCUGGCGAAGAAAACAAAACCAGCAAAGUCAACAAAAGAGUCAGUACCAACGGAGAGUUACCGGGCUGGCAUGUCGGAGACCAAGCUGACUGGGGUGCGGCAGUGUCUGAACUGGUCUAAGAACACAAUACUCGCUGUUCCCUCCAAGACCAAGCAGUAUCUGGACUUGGUGGUUAGACUAGUUCAACUAUCAAUACUCGUCGUUCUCCCCGCCACAGUACGGCGGUGCUUUGGCCGGCUCAAGGCAAUCCUAGAAUUUGCCUCUGAUAAAACCACAAAAUCGUUGAAGGGGAUAUCCCUGGGGAAGUCCUUGGCUCGGUUAUGGGAUACGGUGCUUAGCAGCACGAAGGAGUUCCUCGCCUGGAUCAAAAUGUUGCAAUUCCUGAUCAAUCUUCCGACCAGGAUGCGAGAAUACUUCCACUGGGUCAAGACAGCAUUAAGCCACGUCACUCGAAAAACAACAAAGGCUCUGAAGAGGAUUUGGCCGGUUAAGUUCUGGGCCCGUUCGUGGAAUGCCCUCUCCACCCAAACCUGGCAUAUCCUGAGCUGGCUCUGGAGAAUGGCUAGUAUCGCCGUCGCAGCGUGCAUGCACCUACCAUUAACAGAUCUCGACCUGUGGACUACCCGCCCUGCCCCCGGCUUUCCAUGUUUCGGCACAUCUUCGUCGACAUCAACCCCAUCUUGA